AUGAAGGCCGAAGACCUGAGUGGCACUCCGCUGCCAGCUCCCGGCGCCUCGUUAGGCGCCUCACGCGAUACUUCAUCCGCCUCGACCGGCAACCGUCCCGAAUCCAGUCGUCACAGUCGCCUCAGUCGAGAAACCUUGCGGCGAGAGGCUGGCUUGGGUGACAGCUUGCUCCUUUCAUCGACACCGCCAUCACCGUCGAAGCUCGGGGAUGAUACAAAGAUUGACGAUUUUGAGCUACCGGCAACGGAUGCGCUGCUACGCGCACACUCUCGAGAGUCGACAGUAGGGCCUGCAGACAUCCCACGCAACAAUGAAGAUGCCUCAACACCAGCAGACGACGAUGACGACGUUUGGGAAGACGAGGAAGAUAGCAUCCUCAUGGACGAGCAUGGAAACCUAGUCUACGAGGGUCCUGCUUACGAGGAUUCCGCCUCUGACUUUUCUGACGAUGCCGAUGCUGAAGAGCUUAAGCUGCAUCGACGCGCAUAUCGAGAAGCCACACAGCAGUACCGCAAGAGCCGUCGUGCUCUUCUCCUUUCCGGGUUGUCGUCCUUUGCAUCGUCGCCAUCCUCCGAAGAUCUCGAUACCAUCUCGCCUAUAGAAAGAGACCAUGCAUCCGCCAGUCCACCAGCUUCGCUCUACGACACAGAGAGGGACACGCAUCCGCACGAUUCAUACUACCAACCUCAUCACGCCGAACGAAUCGACAGUAUCAAUGCACGAGAACGAGCAAAUGGGUUGCGGUAUGACCUCGACUCCGGGAAUGAGGUCAAAGAUAACGCCAGUCCUAACGCGAAUUCGAAUGGCACCCAUUCGUCCAACUCAGUAACAGUCAAACAGGAGCCUCCAGACUCUUUCGAGAAAAGCCAGACGUUCGCGGUGGGCAAGGAAGCGUGGUCCACACAAAAAUGCUCGAUCACAGAUCAAAAAGCUCCCAACGGUCAGACUCUUAGGUCACAAACCGACGCCACUGCAGCCGACAAGCUCGUUCGUCCGCUCCUUUCGCCCCGUGCAAAAUCCUCUCCUUUGUCCGAUACCGCCCUUUUUACGCCUUCGCCUGCUCGAGGUCCUGUCGACUUAGACCAACAUGGGCUCAGACACCGACGCUCCCACCGAGACUUGGCGCCGUCGCCCCUGAUUCUUGAAAACGAACUGGUCGAGCCCGUGGAAGCCUUCAUGACCCCCAGGCUAAGUCUCGCCACGCUACACGAAGACACCAUGUACAACCAACCGCUAAAUCAAGAACCGCCCAUCUCUACGCAACAAGAGCAAGCCAACAAAGAUGUAUUGUCUAGUCCUGAUGUCGCUGCCUCCCCGAGCCGCCAGGACAACACGCCGUUCAGCCUCUGGGACUAUCUCAAAGAAGAAGUUCUCGCUACCGACUUCGAUGCCACGCAGGAGAUGAAAUGGGAAAGGGUCACCAACUUUAUCUCGAUCCCUUUCUGGAUGGAGAAGAUCAUCAUGUUUGGCUUCGUCGUCUGCCUCGACUCUUUCCUUUACACCUUCACCAUCCUGCCGCUCCGUUUUGGUGUCGCCAUGUGGACCUGGCUGGGCAACAGUGCAAGGUGGAUCCUAGGAGGCCAGAAGAGGUAUCUGCAUUCGUCGCACAAGUGCGACAUUCUCAAGAUGCUACUCAUCGUCCUCAGCUGCGUCAUCCUCUCGCGCAUCACCGACGCAAGUAAGAUGUACCACUCGGUUCGAGGCCAGGACGUGGUCAAGCUUUCCGUCAUCUUCAACGUGCUCGAGAUUGCUGAUCGACUCUGCUGCAGUUUCGGUCAGGAUCUGCUCGACUCGCUCUUUUCUCGAAGCACGCUCGCACGUCGCAAAAAUGGCAAGCAGCCGUACCUUCGACCCAUUGGCUUCUUCUGCCUUAGUCUCUGCUACGUACUUGCCCAUACUUUGGUCCUCUUCUACCAGCUUGUCACGCUCAACGUCGCGAUCAACAGCUACGACAAUGCGCUGCUCACCCUUUUGCUCUCGAACCAAUUCGUAGAAAUCAAGUCGAGCGUAUUCAAAAAAUUUGAAAAGGAAAACGUCUUUCAAAUGACGUGCGCCGACAUCGUCGAGCGCUUCCAGCUCACCUUUAUGCUCUCGGCCAUCGGCCUUCGCAACCUCAUCGAGCUGUCCGGCGGGUCGCUCGAGCCCUCAGCAAGUCCGCUUCCCGCCAGUUUCACCGUCUUCCCCAGCCUCAGUCUACUCGAGACGGUGCUUACACCUGUCUGCAUCGUGCUGGCAAGCGAGUGCAUCGUCGAUUGGCUCAAGCAUGCUUUCAUCACCAAGUUCAAUCACAUUCGACCGGCUGUAUACGGUCGAUUCAUGGACGUGCUCUGCCGCGACCUCGUCGUGGGCGGACCUUCCACAAAAGAAAGUAGUCGCAAGCACACCUUUGUCGACCAAAGCCCUAUCAUUAGCCGGCGUCUCGGCUUCGCUGCGCUGCCCUUGGCGUGUCUCCUCGUCCGACUCAUCCUGCAGAUCAUCGGCAUGAUCGGCGAUGACAGCCACAUUGACGAAUGCAUUGCUCCUGUCAGCCCGCGCAUCUCGGAGACAGGCUGGAUCGGCAUCGUGGCGCGAAAAUUCGGUGCCAACGAUAUUGACAAUGACUGGGUGCGUGCUCUCGAUUUGUUUGUUCGAGGCUCGGCAUGGGCAUUGACGCUCGUGAUCGCAUGGGCCUUCCUGGUGGCUAUCAAGCUCCUCCUCGGUACCAACCUCAUCAGUUUUGCUUCCCGGCGCUACGCUACGAUGCACGAGCGCGAAAACGAGGAAAACCUCAAUGCCAGAGACAGAGCGCCCAUCGGUACCAACAAGGACGAGAGGAGCUACGACAAGUCGCUGGGGCAGUUCAUCGAUAGGCCGGACGAUGAUGCGAUCCAGAUCAAGCUUGAUGGCACACAUGUGAUGCCCGCGGGCAAAGAGAGAGACAAGGCCCAGCACAAGACCAAGAAGGAGAACUCGCUGAUGGAAGUCAGUCGAUACAACAUGGUUCGUUCACGCAUCUGGUAG